AUGGAUGACCAGUCAUUGAUAUCCAUCAAGCUGUAUGGCUCCAAACCACUUGUGUUUGAUGCAAAAGUUGUAGAACAACUGCGCUGUGAUUACCGAAUCAUUGGCUCGCUGACUGGCACAUUGCCACGAUUUCCUUUGCAAAAUAAAUUCUUGGGAUUGCCCUUAGUUUUGAUGCCAGAAGAAGUCACCUUGCUCCUCUCCAAAAAAAUCGCCUAUAUAGAGACUAGUACCGAUAUCCCGACAUGGAUUUAUCCUCUCACUGAUAUGGACAGGCUUCGAUACCAAGUGUACAAGUACCUGUGGUCCCAAUCCUUUUAUAUCACAGGGGGAGCCAAGUUUGGCGGCGAUUAUUUGGCGUAUCCAGGCGAUCCAAUGCGGUUUCACAGUCAAUACAUCAUUGGCGUUUAUCAACCCAAGGCGUCCUUGACCUCACUCGAUAUCAUCACCCUGGGAAGAUUAGCUACCAAUGUAAAAAAAACAUACGUUCUGGCCACCUCCGAUGAGCAGGAAGGUGAAGCGGAUGUACAACUCUUUUCGUUACAAUGGGCCGGUUUCUAG